GUGACAUGUUGCCUCUUUUCCUUGUUUCCCUUCUCAUAUCAUUAGCUAUUACCAUAAAUGGAAAAAGUUGUAUUGACACUGAAAGGCAAGCUCUUCUCAGCAUCAAAUCAGGCAUUCAACUGAGCAACAACCAAAGCUGGCUCUAUGCUUGGACUGGCCAUGAUUGCUGCAACUGGCCAGGAGUUGCCUGCAACAAUGUAACCAGCCAUGUCAUCAAGCUUGAUCUCCGACAGUACCCUAAUGACUUCUUUUAUUAUUAUGACAUGCCACCAAGUAAGUUGGACUCUUCUCUCUCUCAACUUCACCACUUAAAACACUUAGACUUGAGCAGCAACAACUUCAAUAACUCUCCCAUUCCAGACUUCAUUGGCUCUCUUUCCAACCUUGAAUACCUUAACCUCUCCAGUGCUGGAUUUAGUGGUGUCAUUCCACAUGAGGCUCUUGGAAACCUAUCAAAUUUGCAUGUCCUUGACAUUAACUAUUACAUCUCAGAAGACUCAUUUCUGUCCACUGAUAACCUUCACUGGCUGUCUGGAAUGACCAGAUUGCAGCACCUUGACUUGACUAAUGUGGACCUCUCAAUGGUCUCUGAUUGGCUUCAUCAUAUCAAUAUGCUUCCUUCUGUACUUGUCUUGAAACUGUCAAAUGCUUAUCUCCAAGCUGGUGGUAUGCAUGAUGCUACUCUGCUUCAUCAUCUCAACUUCACAUCUCUUCGUGUGCUUGAUCUCUCUGACAAUAGCCUUAACACCACUCUGCCUGAUUGGUUGUUCCAACUCAGAGGUUUGAUCCAUCUUGAUCUUUCUUAUUGUGAUCUUUAUGGCAAUUUACCGGUUUCCAUCGGAAACCUCAGUAAGUUGAGAACCUUGCUCUUGGAUACUAACCAUUUUGGAGUGAUCCCAGAGUCCUUGGGGAAUCUUACUGAGUUAGUAUCCUUUGGUUUGUCUGCUAAUAUGAUCACAAAGCUGCCAGAUAGCAUAGGGAGGCUGCACAAGUUGGAGAAGUUUGUAUUGUCUGGAAACCAAUUGAAAGGAAGGAUUUCUCAAGGUAUUUGGGAACUGACAAACCUGCAGCUCUUGGAUUUAUCAUUAAAUAUGCUUGAAGGAGAGAUACCUGAAGCCUUUGGAAAUCUCAAACUUUUGCAGUACUUUGACGCUGAUGGUAACAAACUCAGCGGCAAAUUGCCUGAAACUAUAGGGAAUCUUGUUCACCUGCAGUUUCUAGAUUUGUCAAAAAAUGCAAUAAGUGGAAAGUUACCAGAGAGCCUCGGAAAUCUUGGCCAGUUGCAGACGAUGAAAAUGCCGAGUAAUGGCAUAACCGGGCCAUUACCAGAAUCCACAGGAAAGCUCUCUAGCUUAAGGGAGCUCGAUUUAUCGCAGAACAACAUUACCGGAACAUUGCCAAAAGGCAUGGGAAACUUGUGCAAGUUACAGUCCUUAAAUUUGGAUAACAAUUCUAUCAGUGGGGACAUUAAUGAUCUCGUUGAUGGAUUGUCUAAAUGCAGGGAGAACAAGCAGAAUGGUUCUGAAUCAGGAAGCAAGGAUGGUCUAAGCACACUAAGUUUUGGAAACAACAAGUUGAAUGGCACAAUUUCGACGAGCAUAGAGUUGGCCCUGCUUUUCCGACUUGGCUAAGAACUCAGACACAUUUGGGUGAACUUCGCUUACCAAAAUUCUGGAAUUUCAGGCAGUAUCCCUGCAUGGUUUUGGAAUCUAACUUCAAUGAGA